UUCGGAAGCUCCGCGUCUUCAGCUGUCGCAAACUAACGCCAACCAAGGGUCCUUGCCUGGAGCUCCCUUGCCGCCUGAGCCCUGCACCCCUCACGCCUUGCCUUUGAGUGGUCGAGAGUCUGUCUCACCUUCCUCCCAUCUUCCACCCCAAGUCCACUUUCCACCAUGCCUCGUCCAGCACCCCGAGGCCCUGGCCACCCCUCCGUCCCCGAAGAGGCGCACCACAUCAGGGGCCAGUCUCUUGACGAUGCGAGGACAGCCGCCGAACUACAUCUCCGCCACCUAGCAGACCGCCACGCAUUGGAAGCAGAAGAGCAGCCCGAGGACGAGUUAGAGACCACGGACGAGUACGAAGACGACGAGAUUGCGGACGGCGGCGAAGUCCUGUCGGAUGAGGACCCCCAACACUGGGGCGAAAGGCAAUCGCGGAGUGGUCUCGUCGACGAGCUGCAGCCCGACGAUAUGAUGGAAGGCGACCUUGACGUCGACAUACACGACGAGGAAGGCGCCCCGACUGACGACUUUGAGUAUGAAGAGAUGGAGGACACGGUACCACCAUUUGACCCCGCCGCCCUUGGCCUUAAGGAGAUCAACAACCUGGCCCACUUCAGCGUGAGCAGCCACAAGCCGGGGAACGGGGUGGCGGAGCUGCUGAACGAUGACCUGGACAAGUAUUGGCAGUCUGAUGGCCAGCAACCCCACCUCCUCACGAUACACUUUCUCCGCCGAGUCGAGAUCAGGGCGCUCCGCUUCUUCGUCGACCACACGCAGGACGAGUCGUACACGCCCAUACGCAUCCUCUGGCACGCCGGCACGGGCCACCAUGACUUGAUACAGUUCGGCGAGCAGGUGCUGACUAGCCCGAGCGGGUGGCAAGAGGUCAAGAUCGAGGGGCUCGGCGGCGGUGCCGACGGCAACUCGCUGUGCUGCUUUAUUGUGCAGAUGCACGUCAAGGAGAAUCAUCAGAACGGCAAGGACACGCACAUCCGUGGCAUCAAGAUCUACGCCCUGGAUGAGAAGGCGCCGCGCGCUGGCGGCCGCGGCGUCCUUGAGGGUGGCGAUGAUGCCGCCGCCGAGGGAGAGACAGGGGGUGCCGGUGGGCUGUUGGGUCUGCCGGGUCUGUCCGGAAAGAGAGCAGACCGGGAAGACAACGGGGAAAACUCGAGAUUGGAUGCGACGCCAGGUCGGCUCGACAUUGGCGGUAUGGCUCUGCCGGACUUUAUGCGCGAGCCAGAAAUCAGGUAGCCCUGGGAUAUGAGGACUAUCGUUCUACGCAUGUCCUUCUCGUCUUGUAUUCUGCAGGCACUUUCAGGUGUUGGAUGGCGCUUUUGUACUGCUUCGAUAUGAUACCCGAUAGUAACGGUGCAAUGCAUUUUUAUCUGUUGUUUUUUGAGAGGUUCGUUGUCGUCGGUGCUGUUCCGUCAAAUCAACACAUCCCCACUCUACCCUUGCACGCCCACCAUAAAAAAGAAGGCAGCUUU